GCAGCAACACUGCGUCCUGUGCAAGACGGCGCUGGCUCUUAACAGGGAGAGCAGGGAACCCGCAGAGGCCAGAGGACCCCACCAGGCCAUGACCAUCACCGUCUAGACUUUUUCAGCCCACACCAGGCCGCGCACGGGCGAUUUCUCCCUAAGAACAAAGGGUGGCACUCGAACCCAGGUCUCCGUCCCCACCGCACCCUCCACUCAGAUCGGAUCCCAGCCUUCCCUUUCUGUCCGCUGUUGCUGCGGCCGCGGCCUGAGCCCCGCCCCGUGGGUUCGCACGUGGCCCCCGCCUGACCCGGCGCCCGGAGGCGGAGUAGGGAGGGGCGGGCGGCAAACGCAGCACUUUCCGCGGCUUUGACAAGCCCGCGGCGCCCGGGCCCGAGCGCUUAGCCGGGCCGAGACUGCGCCAUGCAGGAAGCGCCAGCAGCGCUGCCCACGGAGCCGGGCCCCAGCCCCGUGCCUGCCUUCCUCGGCAAGCUGUGGGCGCUGGUGGGUGACCCGGGGACCGACCAUCUGAUCCGCUGGAGCCCGAGCGGGACCAGUUUCCUCGUAAGCGACCAGAGCCGCUUCGCCAAGGAAGUGCUGCCCCAAUACUUCAAACACAGCAACAUGGCGAGCUUUGUGCGGCAACUCAACAUGUACGGUUUUCGGAAGGUGGUGAGCAUCGAGCAGGGCGGCCUGCUGAGGCCAGAGCGCGACCACGUCGAAUUCCAGCACCCGAGCUUCGUACGCGGCCGAGAGCAACUACUGGAACGCGUGCGGCGCAAGGUGCCUGCGCUGCGCAGCGACGACGGCCGCUGGCGCCCCGAGGACUUGGGCCGGCUGCUGGGCGAGGUGCAGGCUUUGCGGGGAGUGCAGGAGAGCACCGAGGCGCGGCUGCGGGAGCUCAGGCAGCAGAACGAGAUCUUAUGGAGGGAGGUGGUGACUUUACGGCAGAGCCAUGGUCAGCAGCACCGGGUCAUUGGCAAGCUGAUCCAGUGCCUCUUCGGGCCACUUCAGACAGGGCCCAGCAACGCAGGAGCUAAGAGAAAGCUGUCCCUGAUGCUGGAUGAGGGGAGCUCAUGCCCAACAGCAGCCAAAUUCAGUGCCUGCCCCCUACCUGGUGCCCUCCUUCAGGAUCCCUACUUUAUCCAGUCGCCCCUCCCAGAGACCACCUUGGGCCUCACCAGCUCUCACAGGGCCAGGGGCCCUAUCAUUUCUGACAUCCAUGAAGACUCUCCAUCCCCUGAUGGGACCAGGCUUUCUCCUUCCAGUGGUGGCAGGAGGGAGAAGGGCCUGGCACUGCUCAAAGAAGAGCCGGCCAGUCCAGGGGGGGAAGGCGAGGCCGGGCUGGCCCUGGCCCCAAACGAGUGUGACUUCUGCGUGACAGCACCCCCACCGCUGCCUGUGGCUGUGGUGCAGGCCAUCCUGGAAGGGAAAGGGAGCUUCAGCCCUGACGGGCCCAGGAAUGCCCAACAGCCUGAACCAAGAGGUCCCAGGGAGGUACCUGACAGAAUCCUUGGGAAUCUAAUGGGGGUGAACACUGCAGGCCGACAGCAGUUCUCUGUGCACAGGGGAACUCUGGGCCUGGACAGGGGGAUGCGGAGCCCAGAGAAUCUUCUGCCUCCCAUGCUGCUUCGGGCCCCCCCUGAAAGUGUGGAGCCUGCGGGGCCCCUGGAUGUGCUAGGCCCCAGCCACCAAGGGCGAGAAUGGACCCUGAUGGACUUGGACAUGGAGCUGUCCCUGAUGCAGCCAUUGGUUCCAGAGAGGAGUGAGAAUGAGCUGGCAGUCAAGGGGUUAAAUUCUCCAGGGCCAGGGAAGGACUCCACACUUGGGGCACCACUCCUGCUGGAUGUCCAAGCAGCUUUGGGAAGCCCAGCUCUCGGCCUUCCUGGAGCUUUAACGAUUUACAGCGCCCCUGAGAGCCGAGCCUCCUACCUGGGCCCAGGGGCCAAUCCCUCCCCCUGAAACCCGCUCUGCUCUGAAGCCAGCCCUUCUCAGCUUCCUCGUGCCCCCCUAGAAGAGGCUGAUUGAAGACCCUGUUACUUCUCCAUUACUGAACCCUGCACAUAAACUGCAUUUUUUUUUCUGUG